CACAACCGCUUUGAACGACUUUAUGUCAAAAGUGAUUUUUCCAAACAUUAAAUGAUAGACUGGUUUAAUCGGUUCGAAUUCUUAAACUUAAAAUAAAUUACAAACAGCAACUCUGACCCACAGCUGAGCACACUGGUGAGUCAUGUUAACCCUUUUGAUGACAGGAUACAUGGUACAUUUUUAAUUAACUUGGACAAUACUAUUGAAUUUUACACAGAUGAUGUCUAGAGAUGAUAGAUUAUACAUUUAGUCAGAAAGUAAACAAAUAACAUAACAUAAUAUUUCCUGCAAUGACAUUAACAAAAUAACAAAGCACAUGUUUAAUAAAUGCAGUAGUCGAUUUGUUUUCUGCUGCUCAAUUACAGAAAAUAUAAAUAAAAGCAAUAUGUAGCAUAAAUGUCUGUUCAUGUGUUCAAUAAUACGAUAAGAAAAAUAUUGUGUACAAAAAUAUUACCUAAUUAUUAAUAAAUAUCCAUCAGUUUGAUAUCGUCAUUUUAGAGAAAGCUCCCCCCAUGAGAACGGAAGUCAUUAUCUAUAUCCGGGUCGAGGAAAUUACACCGCUACACAACAUGGCGGCGUGCUUCACCCUUGCGUCCGCUGUAUUCCGCACGGCGUUACCCGGAGUAUUGAGGCUCCACAGCAGGACACCUGGAGCUACUGGCACCACUGCCGGCAUCCGGCUCUUUUGCGUCGGCGCUCCAGAACAAAAAAAGGCGGGCAUAAUUGAAUCUACAGAGGAAUACAAGUUCGUAGAGCGGCUCAUCCCGCCGUCCAGAGUUCCAACUCCUCCUAAACACGCCGGUCCAACCCCGUCUGGCUGGAUACCUCCGGCAGAUUCUCCGCCACCUCUGCCCUACAUGAUCCGCCGUUCGCGAAUGCACAACAUCCCGGUGUACACCGACCUGACCCAUGGAAAUCGCAAGAUGACGUUAGUACGGAAAGUGGAGGGAGACAUUUGGGCCUUAGAGAAGGACGUGAAGGAGUAUUUAAUGGCGGUAACAGGAAAAGACCUGCCCACACAAGUAAACGAGGUCACUAUGACUCUGACUGUCAAGGGACACUUUGACAAGGAACUGAAAGAGUGGUUGGCCACCAAAGGUUUCUGACCUCAGAGGAGAUGCAGGUGGAUGAUGUAGUUGCUGUGAACUCCAGGACAGUCCCUGCAGCUUUGCCCUACAGGAACAUACAGUUGGAACGGCCAGGUGGACACAUCAAGCAUUUUGACCAUGUCCCAUAGAACGGGAUAGCUUGGAUGGACGGUGUCUAAUGUAUACCACUCAAGUUCACUGUUAAGAUCCGCCUGACAGACUGUAAACCUUUGGUCAAUGUAUUGAUGUAUGGGGUUUGACUAGUAACAUUGGUGUCAUAGAAUAAAUGACUGUUGUAUUUGCUUUAUUAUUGUUACUUCAAUAAACUAAAGCCAAGGG